GCGCAGAUUUACGGCAGCCAAUGGCGGCCGGGCCCGCGGGUGGUUCUGGAGUUUGAAUAGUUCCCAGGUCGGAUUUUUAGGUGGAUUUAUUUGCAGAGGAGAGCGCGGGAGCGGGCGAGAGAGUGUAAAGGAGAGGUCCGGGUGUCCGGAGCCUGCAUGCUGUGUGAGUAGCGGGGAAGGCGGCAGGAAUGGCGCUACACGGCAGCACUAUGGACGCUCUUCUCUCCUGGGUGAACAGCCUGAAGGUCGAUGAGCCCGUGGAGAGGUUAUCUCAGCUUCAGGAUCUCAGCAUUUUGAUUAAAGUUGUCUCUAAACUACAUGUAUAUUUACCAGGGAAAUAUAGAAACCGCAGCAAGAGUAAUGGAAAUGCAGAGGAAACCACCCGAGUUCUUCAGCAACCUCUAGAAGACAGACUUAAGUUUCUCUGCAACUUCUUACAAAGAUAUUGUCGGUAUGGCUCCUCUGCGGAGAACCUGGUUCAGUGGCAGAAGAUUCUUCACGGAGAGAAUGUGGAGGUGGAAAUUUCCAAGGUUAUUGUCCUACUUUUAUAUUAUUCCAACAUGAAAUCCAGAAAUCUCAAAGAGCUUGACGAUUUUGACCACAAGACUCAGACAGAGUUGGCCUCGAUCCUUAGAUUUGUUCUGGACAAUGAAGAAGAUCUGUCUCAGAAUGACAAGCUCAUCCACUUCUUGCAGAGGAAAGGUACGGCUGAAACCCGCACGCCGAACGCUCGCUUUCCGUCCUCCAGUGACCUUGCUUCUAGCUCCGAUGAAUCCAUGUCUCCUAACGUGCCCACAAAGAGGAGGACAGAGGUGCGCUUUCUGGAGCUGCAUCGUGUGGCUUCCUCGUCGGCCAUGAAAAGCUUAGCAGAUGCUCCCUCGUCCCCGAUGAUUGAAGUCUUGCACAUGCCUCAGUUCCAAAUGAGGCGUCUGAAGAAGCAGCUAACGGAGGAGAGAGAGUUCAGGGAUGAGCUGGAACUGGAGCUCUCCGAGAACAAGAAACGUCUCGCCGAGAAAGACGCACAGCUGUUCUUGAUGCAGCAGCGUAUUGAGCGUCUCGUGGUGCUGAAUGAGAAGCAGGCUGAGCAGCAGGAGCCCAAAGAGCUGGAGGAGCUGAGAGAGAAAAACGAGAGUCUGAUGAUACGACUUCGGGACACCCUCAAACAGUGCCAGGACAUGAAGACUGACAAAACGCAAUUAGAGAGGAAGAAUGACCAGCUGUCUGAGGAAAACGGGGACCUCUCCUACAAGGUGCGGGACUUGUCGAGUCGCCUGGUGCAGCUGCAGGAAGCGUUGAACGAAACAUCGGAGGAGCACGAACUGUCCCUGGCCGCCUGGCAGCAGAGACAGAGCCUGCUGGAAAACGAGCUCAACGUGGCCAUUAACGAAAAGAAAUACCUCGAGGAGCAGAUCUUAAUUCUUCAGGGCAAGAUUUCAAUGCUUGAAGAGCAGCUGAAGAAGCUUGGGGAGAGCCAUUCAUUGGAGAAAGGGGAGAGCAUGGGUGACAUCCUGAAGUUGGAAAGCCUUCAGCAGGAGGUAGUAACACUUACAGCAAAGUUAGUUGAACUCCAAGCUCAGAUCAGCCAGUUACAAGAGGAAAAGAGAGCAGCCACCGAGGAGUUCGAGUUCCAGAGAUCCCAAUUCGAAUCUGAGAAACUUCAGCUCCAAGAAAUCGUGACCAACCUGCAAACCUCGCUCUCUGAGAUCACUUUCCAGAAGGAGCGGCAAGAUCAGGAGGCCAGAGCUCAGGAGGAGAAGCUGAUGUGUCAGAUCACCACCCUGAAGCUGGAAAUCUCCAAGAUGAAAACGACCCUGAUGCAGAAAGAGGAGCAGCUUCUGGGGCUUCAUCGUGAAGUCGAACUCGAGAGACGGCAGAAAGGAGAGCUGAUGGAAACGCUAAAAAAGCAAGAGGAGUCCUCAAAACAAAGCAUGAAGGCUCUCGGCGACCAAGUGGACCAUCUUGGCAGCGUAUUAAAACAGUCUGAGGGCAAAGUGGUGGAGCUUACGCAAAGACUGGAGGCCGAAGCCCAGCAGAUGGCUCGUUUCCAAGAAGAAUGCAAGAAACAUGUAAACGAAAGAGACUCCACCUUAACUAUGUUCAACGAGUACAAGUCUGCUAAAGUGGAAGAGCUAGAGAGUUUAAACAACACGGUCCAUGCUUUAGAGCAAAAUCUCCAAACAAACGUGGCAACGAUCGAAGAGCUGAAGCGGGAGAAGACAGAGCUGUCUGUGAAAGUCCAAGAGCUCGAUGCGACCAUUCUGGAUCUGAUUGCGAAAUGUCAAAACCUAGACGCUGAGAACGAUACUCAGAGUAAGGCCCAUGCAAGUGCCUUAGAGGCUCUCAAGUCUCAACUCAUCGAGCAAGAGAGCCAGCUUAGGGUUUAUGAGCAGAAGGUGGCCUUGAUGGGGUCUGUGACCGAAGAGAACACCCUGCUUAAAGAGCAGCUGGCAUCUCUGGAAGACACGGUGAGAGUCUUAAAAGGCCAUUUAGAAAAUGAGAGAGCUAAAUAUGCCACCUCUGUGGAAAGAGAGGGAAAGACGACUUCUAAACUAGAAGAAGACCUUAAGAAACUCAGUGAGAGCAGAGAUCAAGCACUCGUAGAGCUCCAGGAGGAAAAAGCAAACGGCAGAAGACUAGAGUCUCGGCUCAGGGACUUGGAGGAGGAAUACCGGGUAGGGGUUGAAAGCUUUCAGGCCAAGCUCACGGAAACCACUGCAGGAAUAGAACAGCAGCAUGCAAAGCAAGAGGAGCUGGCGCUCGAAGUGAACAAAUGGAAGGGCAUUUAUGAAGAGACCAAACAGGGCAUUGCUCAAAGCUCCUGCAUGAUGGAGGAACAGAUUGAAACGGUGAAGAAAGACUACACUGAGGUUUCUCAGCAGCUAGAAAAGGAAAGGACUCGUGCGUCAGAGCUGGAAGCCCAGCUAGCGAAUGCCACCAGCGCUCAUUCGGAGGCCGUGUCCAAGCUGAAAACAGAACUGUCCGCUGCUCUUAAUUGCGUCAAAGAGAAAGAAGUCGAGGAACAGAAGCUGCUCCGUGCGAUUCAGUCUGCCGAGGAAAAGCUCAAGCUGUCCCAGCAAGAGGCGACGGAGAGGAUUUCACACAUGGAGUCAUCUUUAAGCAAUUCAGCGCAAGACCUGCAGAGGAUUUCACGUGAACUGUCGGAAGAGAAGAACAGGAAACUGGAGCUGGAGGCCAAAGUGAAGCAAUUGGAAGAUCAGAAAUCUGAAAAAACGGCAGCCCUAGAAUCUGAAAUGACGUCCGUACAGGCAGCCGUCAGAGAGCGGGAAAGUGAAGCCCGGAAGCUCUCCGAAGAGGUGAGUUUGUUGAAGAAACAGCUGGAGGAGUCUCGCCUUAAACACCAGGAGGAACUAAACGAGAGGAAUAAAGUAAUCAAGCAGCGGGAGGAGGAGAGGGAGAGAGCCGCGGGAGAUCUCGCCGCGGAGAAAGCUGCAAAAGCUGAAGUGGAGGCUCAGCUGCAGAAAUCUCUGGAUACUCACAAAAGCGAGUUCACCUCCCUGCAAAAUGAAUUGUCUCGUUCUCUUGACCUCAUUGCUGUGAAAGAGAGCGAGUUGGAGAGACUCGCAAAGGAAGUCUCUUUGAGGGAAGACCAACUACAGCAGCAGCAGCAAAAAGUGUCCGUACUCGCCAAUGAAGUUACUGCGUUGAAGGCAUUGGAAGUAAAAUCUUCCACGCAAGAAGAAGAAAUCAAACGGUACACGCAAAACGUUAAAUCCAUGGAGGUCGAGAUAACGGCUCUAAAGACGUCCAUUUGUGAAAAAGAGAGAGAAGUUGAGCGUUCGCAGAAUGAUCUCGCGGUCAAAGAGAGAGAGAACUCUUCCAUCAGAGAGCAGUACCAGACCGCGCUAGGUGAGGUGCAAGCUCUUCGGCCCAGCGUAGCAGAUCUUAUGAAGAAGUGCAGCGAACAGGAUGAAUUGAUAGUUCUCGCGCAUAAAGAAGCCGCCGACGCAAAGGCCCUGGCUUCAGAGAAGGCUUCGGUUUCAGAGCGGCAGAGAGAGGGCAUCGAGGGUUUGGAGGCAAAAAUCCAGCAAGAACAGCAGAAGACGCGCGAGCUGCUGAAGCAGCUUGAGGAUUCUAGAUCGUGCGAAACCGAGAGGGAGUCGUCUCUGGAGGCCUUGAAGAAAGAAUUGUUUCACAAAGUGCAGGAAUUGGAACAAAGUCAGAAAGCUCUGAACGAUUCUAGCCGGGAGCUGUCCUCGGCGCUGUCCGAAACUCAGCAGAAAGGUAAAUCUUUAACGGAAGCUGAAGAGCAAAUAGCCGUCUGUCGCGCGGAGAUCGAAAGGAAGACCGGAGAGAUGUCCGUCUUGCAAGCAGAAGUGAAGAGCUUAACGGAAAGACUAGCCUCGAACGAGAAGUCUUGCGUGGAGUUCAAAGACCAGCUUGCGAGCGAGAGAAAUAAAAGCGCGAUGUUGGAGGACGGUCUGAAGAAGCUCCAGGCACAGUUGGACGCCUCCUCUAAAGAACUGGCUGAGAAGCAAGGUGCUUUACAACGUGUGCAGUCUGAAGCGCUGAGCUUCAAGGAGACCGCUGAAAAGCAAAGCGUUUCUGUAGAGGAACUGCAAAAGAAACUGACUUCUCAGAACGAAGUGAAAGAGGGUCUUGAGAGCGAAAUUCGAGCUUGGAAGGAAAAAUUUGACCAGAGAGAAGAGCAGAUGUCUCGUCUCCAAAACCAGCUUAGCGGCUCCCAGAAUGUCCUGGAGGAGCUGGCCUCUCUUAAAAACAGUUACCAGGAGCUCAAAGCGCAGCGGCUUGUCAUGGAAGAGAAACACGGCGAAGAGCUUGAGGAACACCAGAAGAGGGCAGAGUGUUUACGGGCUGAGCUUGAAAAGGCUAAAGGAGAAAUCUCUGAGCUCAUGGAGCUGAAAGACACUUUGGGGCGGCGAGAGCUGCUAUUACAGACCCUGCAGGCGGAGAAGGCUGGCUAUCUGACGCAGAUCGCCGAGCUCCAGCAGGCAAACGGCGCUUUGUCCCAUCUCUCGGAUCAGGGGGCAAAGAAACUCGAAGCCGAGCUUUCCAAAAUCACAAACCAGCAUACCCAAGAGGUCCAGGCUCUGCGCCGGCAGUAUGAGAAAGCGAUCAGCGAAGGCAAAGAAGAAGCUCAAGAGCUCGGCCAGAAACUGCAAGCUGUGACCAGCAAGUAUGACCACGCGAAGACCAGAGUCCUGGAUGAAAGACAGAAGUUUCAAGAAGAGAAGCAGAAGUUACUGCUUCAGGUGGAACAGUUGGAGACGGCUAAGAAGGACCAAUCCGAGCAGGUACAGGAGUUGAGCCAAAAGCUGAAUCAGCAGGAGAAGACCAUAAGAACUCAGCAGCAGAAGCUCAAGCUAAGAGAAAGCGAAGUUCGUGAAGAGGUCGACGGGAAGCAGAAGAGGGUUGCAGAGCUGGAGACUCAGCUGGAGCAGCAGAUGCAAGCUGUGGAGCAUUAUAAAUCCCAGAUGGAGAAGGCCCGGGUUCACUACGAUGCCAAGAAAGCACAGAACCAAGAAUUGAGUGAUGAGCUUCAGAAAGUCCUCAGGGAGCAGGAACCGCUUCGGAAAGAGCAUGCGGAGCUCAAGACGGAGUGUGAGCGCCUCGGCAAGGAGCUGCAGCAUUCUCUGCUCCAGAACAAGGAGACGGAACAGAGCUGUAAGAACCUGACCGCUCAAGUGAGGACUUUGGAGGCCCAGGUGGAGUAUGCAGACAGGCAGCUUAGAGAGCUGGGCAAGUUCCAGGUAGCCACAGAUGCUAUGAAAAGCCGAGAAACCCUUUGCCCCUCGCGGGUAAUACGGCAAAGCCACGCGGAUGUCAGCAUAGACAGCCUGGACAUGAGUGAUGAGGAGGAGCAUCCAAUGAACUCCACAGGAAAGAAUGGUCGUUCCCACCAAGGACCCGCGGCAUCCUCGGGAAGUCUGGAAUCUCUGGCUUCCGGUCGCCUGCCACGGAAAGUGGAGUCUCUUGAGAGUCUUUACUUCACCCCGAUCCCUACUCGGGCUCAGUCUAAGCUAGACAGCAGCAUUGGCUCUAUUGGCGACUUGUCCUUGGAUUCCAGCAAGAAGACUCGAUCUGCUCGUCGACGUACCACCCAGAUCAUCAACAUAACCAUGACAAAGAAAACGAAAGAGGAACCAGAGAGCGCCAACACCUCUUUCUACAGCCUGCGCUCGGCUCUCUCUCAUCAGAGCCUGCAUCCGGAGAAGCUGCAGCGGAGCGGCCGGCCGCAGCCCGCGGUCUCUGCGCCGGCGCUCUCCAGCCUCCCGUCCCAGGAGUCACUGCUGCGGCCCGAACACACGUCCUCGGAUGAUAGCCUCAAUAACUCUGUGUUAAUGAACCUCCCGGGGUAUCGCCCGACGACGCGAAGCUCCACGCGGCUCUCUCAGGCCGGAGGACGGAACAGCUUCUACAUGGGUACGUGCCAGGAUGAGCCAGACCCCCAAGAAGACUGGAACCGGAUAGCAGAGCUGCAGUUAAGGAACCGGGCUUGUCCUCCGCACCUCAAGACCUCCUACCCGCUCGAGUCUCGGCCGUCGCUGCUUUCUGCCACAAUCACGGAUGACGAGGUGAAGAUGGGAGACCCGAAGGAGACUUUACGGCGGGCUACCCUGCUGCCGUCACAGAUCCAGGAGUCCACGACGCGCAGGAUGACCUUGGCUUCCUCGGGGAUCGACCAUUCGUGGGGAAGCAAUGUCCUCACUAGACAGCAGCAAAGAAAGAGAGUGUCCGAGGAAUCCCAUCAGGGGCCGGACACACCGGAGUCUAAAAAGUCCGCCAGCUGCUUUCCACGACCCAUGACCCCCAAGGACAAACAUGACGCACGGAAACUGUCCACGGCUGAAAGCAAAUCAAAUGUCAACCCGCAGCUGACGCAGUCCAGCCGGCGACAGACCAUGUCCUUUAAUAUUCUCAACACGCCGAAAAAGCUGGGAAGCAGCCUGCUAAGAAGGGGUCUUGGCAAGAAGACUCCAACACCCAAGAACAGUCCCCGCGCGCAGGGGGGCAGGGGGAACACCGGCAGCACUUCUACCAAAUCCCCUCUUCAUACUAUCCGCAAAUCGCCAAGCAGGAAGUCGCCCAGGGUCUCCAAAACAAAAUCCCCCCGCACGUCAAGCAAGUUUUUCGAACGCAAGCAGACCAGGAAUAAAUAACGGGGAUCCCGAUCCAUUUUUUUUUCCAUGUAUGGGACUGCUUUUUAUACCAGUUUAACAUGUUUGCUGCCACAGAGUUAACCAAGCUUAAAAAGCCAGAUGGUGGCAAAACCCGCAGAAAUUUUUGAAAACUUUGUAAAUUUUCCAAAUUUAAUUUCGUAUUAUUCU